CAGUUUCAGCGCCGCCGCCUGCGGUCUCUCUCGGCUGGGUUUCCCCCGCGGCCGCCCCGCUCCCGCAGCCGCCCUGCUCCCGUGCCCGGAGCCCCCGACCCGCGCGGCCCGGCCCGGGCCCAUGGCGCACUCGGCGGCCGCGGUGCCGCUCGGCGCGCUGGAGCAGGGCUGCCCCAUCCGCGUGGAGCACGACCGCCGGCGCCGCCAGUUCACCGUGCGCCUCAACGGGUGUCAUGACCGGGCCGUCCUGCUCUAUGAGUAUGUGGGCAAACGGAUCGUGGACCUGCAACACACCGAGGUACCGGACGCCUACCGCGGGCGUGGCAUUGCCAAACACCUCGCCAAGGCUGCCCUGGACUUUGUGGUGGAGGAGGACCUGAAGGCCCAUCUCACGUGCUGGUACAUCCAGAAGUACGUCAAGGAGAACCCCCUGCCGCAGUACCUGGAGCGGCUGCAGCCGUAGCCCCGGCCCUGGGCAGGAGCGCCCCCUGCCGGCCCCUCCGCGCGGACUCGGCCCUGCCCCGCGUGCUCUCAGGAACCUGCUCCCGCUGGGGACAGGCUCAGAGUUAUUUUUGUAAGGACGCCCCUCUGGGGCCCUGGGUCCAGGCUCCUGAAGAUGGCUGGCCGAGGAGGAGGGGCGGUGACCCCGUGACCAGGGCAGAAGAGGGUCCCCACCGCCUUCAGUGGGCAGCGCGACAGGACCCGGGGCCAGCCGGGGGGUCCUUGCUCUGUGAUUCAGCAGGAGGCUGGCGUGGGACCCCCUCCCACACCUGGUGCUGUGUCCUUUCUACGAACGAGGAGGGCAUGUCCCAGAGCCGAGAGGAGCCAGAAAGAACCUCGAGUGCCAACCUCGCAGAGCGGUGGCACCAAGCCUCGUCUGCCACCAGCACUCCCCAGCCCCCACCCCACGCCUCUUCCGCAGAACUUUGGUGCCCUGGUGCAGGGGGGUGGGGGACAGGGCAAGGGGCACCCCCCCCCCCGUGUGAGCGAGAAGGGUGUGGACGGAGCGCUGGCCCAGGGGCGGCUCUGCGCAUGUGCACAGCUGGGUGGGUGGGCAGGCUCAGGGCGAAGCCGUGGGUGCUUACCUGGCUCUCCUCGGUGCCUCGUCUUCUGCUGGCCUCUUCCCUGUCCAGGCGCUCUCAGAAAGCCCGCCUAGGAGCUGGAGCUGGAGGAGGGCAUAUGACCCCCAGCGCCCACCCCAACGUCCUCGUCACCGAGAGAAAGGAGCACCUCCGCCGGGAGGUUUCUUUUGCUGAUGCCAAACACCAGAGCGUUAGUUCUCUUUGGGGGGCGGCAGCUGUGGCCAGGUCCAUUCUGUUGGCCAUUGUCAGUCCCAGGGCCCCUACCCACACCAGCCUUCCUGGUGACAGCCCGGGAGGCGCGCCAAGCGUGACUUGGGUCUGUGGUACCCACCCCCCCUUCAGGGGACCCUGUGUCUUCCCUUUGAGGGCUGGUUAGGGUGCGGGGUCCUGGUCUCUUGUGCCCUGUGCCCCACAAGGGUCAAGUCCCUUCCUGCUCCUCUGUGGAGCUGAGGGUGACCCAGGAAUCCAGUUCCUCUUGAGUUGAGGGGACAGUCAUCAGUGAAUCCUCGGAUGUGACGUGCCCUUCCUCUGGGGGGGUGUCUGGGGCUCCGGUGUGUCCCCACUCCUCCCGUGACUCCUCCCCGUGGUGCUGGCCUGGCUGGUGGCCCCUUCUCCCAUCACUGCCUCACGUCUCCCAGCCUGGGCACCAACACCCCCAGCUUUCCUCCCCGGCUGGCAGCCUUCCUGGGGGGGGCCCCUCCGUUUAGCACCGCUCAGCCCCCACCACAGCGAGUCACAGGCGUGGGCCUUCGGUGGCCGCUGUCCUAAGCAUCCCCUGCCUCGCAGGCCUUCACCUUGGGCCAGGUGCAGAAGUUCUCGCUCUGGCCUCCAGGAGAGCCCAGGUGGCCCGUUCCUCCACGCGCUCCUCGGCUCCGUUCCCAGAGGGCUCCCUGGAAGGGCCAGAAAAAUGCCCUGGGCCUCACAAAAGAAAUGGCUGGCAGGAGGGGCUCAGCUGAGCCGUGUCCCACACAGCGGUGACACCCCACUCCUGGGUCAAGAUGCUAAAUGAGCAAGUCCCAGGCCUCCGAGUAGACAAGCCGUGCUGUCGCCCCUCCUGUCUGGGGGCGUCUGGACCAGGGCUUCCAGUCCCUCCCCCAGGACCCCAACCCCUCCCACAUGUCCUCCCCAUGUUCCCCCCCCCCCAGCUCGGUGAGCCAGUACUGGGGCCGUGGACGACAGGAUGGGGUGGCCCUGCACGCUGCAGCCUACCCACAGAGGUGGCCCUGCAGCAGCAACUUGAGGGAGGCCCCCCAGGACCAGCACAGUCUCAAGGAGCAGGGGAGCCGGGUGGCUCCGGGAGGAAGCAGCCCACCCCGCCCCAUCCCUGCCUGAACCUAGGGUCCUUACCCACCACGUUCUGACAGCAGAUGACCGGCCACAAUGGCCACUUGCCCAUGAGACACUCACUCAGUACUUGAAUAUGGAGGCCCUGGGCCCAGGAGGACUGGCUGGGUCGUCCCAGUGGGCUCGUCCCAAGUUCCUGCAGGGGGGCACCUGAGCACGCUCACCUCCUCGGGUGGCCUUAAAGCCCCAGACUCCACAGCAGGGGUGGUGACGGAGCUGCGCUGGGCCUGGCCCUGGUCGCCAGCUGAGCCUUGGAGCAGCGGUAGUAGCGACAUCCCCACCCUGACCUGGAGCCCCCCGCUUGGCCCGCAGCCCAGUUCAGCCUCUGGUGCUACCCUCCUGCCCGGCCUCCCCACCACACCCCCCUCUGGACCCACUUCGCUCCAGGAGCAAAGGGACAUGUGCCCGCUCUCCACUGGGAGMUGUCCAUCUGAAGCCUCGCGCUCUCCUCCUGCUGGGUCUGCCCUGGGGGAGGGGGGGGGCUCCCUUUCUUUGUCCAGUCCACACAGGUGCCUUUCCUACCCAGGACCCACCCGCCCCAGGGGUGUCCGGCCAGCUAGAUCCACUCCCCGUCCUUCUCAGACUUCUGAACAUGAUGAUGAGCGUUUCAACAGAAGGGGGGCCUCRCACUCGGCUCUCGGGAGCUGCUGCGUGUGCUGUCCCCCAUGCAGUCUAGUGUGUGCAGUGAGGACGUUGGAGGGAUGGGAAAGGCAGGCUACGCRGGUGUUCUUUGUCACUAGGGACCAACCUAACCAUCAGCACCUGCCAGAGACUGAGGCACCGGAGGUGGCUGAGAUUCCCUUGCAGGACAGUGGCUUUGGCAUUAGGAUCCCCACCCUGGUAUGGGCAGUGCCUCUCCCGUCCAGCAGGCCCGACCUACUCCACACACACAGUUCCACUUUCCCUGAGGUCACAGUCUGACCUGACCCCAGCCUGUCACCUGCCUGGGAACAGCUACGGGUGAGGUGACAUCAGCCCCUAUUACAGGAGCUGCGCUCACUCCUAAAAACUUGGGAAUUUUUUUUUUUCAGAGCAGGAAGGUGGUGGGGGGGGGGUCCAUCCAAACGCCAACAGCCUAGGGAUCAUAAUGAAGGCCACGUCCCAUGCCAUCCUGUUGCCCAGAGAGGUCGCCGGCUCCCGAAUGGGAAUUUUCCUGGUAGUUCCCAGUCGGAGAGAGAAAUAUCUAAACCCUCCCCCAAAAAGGAGGAGAGGCACAGCGGUGGCUGAGCCUUUCACAGUCUCAAUUUUCAACCAUCCCAGGAGAUGCCAGUAGUCGGGCCURUUCAACAGAUGAAGAAACUGAGGGUCAUAGGGAGUCAGUAGCCUGCAGCCCACACAGAGGGACUAAGCCAAACCCAUCCUCCCUAAGCUUUGGUGCCAAGCUUGUGGUUUUGUUUCUACUUCAGAUGACAGAUGGCCUCAGAAAGCAAUAAACAGAUAACAUUUUCCAUUUCCCUGCUCAUUUGGGGUGGGGGACGAGGAGGGCCCUACUGGGGCUCCCAGGUGUGAGACCUCAGGAGUGCCUGGCCGCCCUAGAGAGGGCUGGGUGUCACGGUGGUGGGUCACAGCAGGAGGGUGCCCGUCCCCACACUGUUCUCGCUCGGUGGUUCGGCAUCCCUGGGUCCACCCAAACAUCCCUCUUACGAUUCUCAGGGUCCCACUUCUUCCAGAUCAGUGCCCUAAACCUCCCACGAGGUCCGGCCAGGCGGUGCRUCCAGCCUGCUGCUCGGCCACCUGCAGGAUGGAGUUUAGGGUCGUGUCCUCAGUUCUGUCUGCCCAAGGAGACAAAGUGAUUAAAGACGCUUUUCUGGU